AUGAGCCAGCUGAAGGAGAUGGAGCCUGGUCGGGGGAUUGAGGGGAAGGUGAGAUUUCCCAUCAUUCUUCACUUCAGUUUCAUUUAAAAGUCCCCCUGAUUGAAUGUAAUUAAAUCUACAACUUUAUAUAUUUUUUGUGAAAACAACAACAGGUGUUAAGGAGUUUUAGACUAGUUUAGGACUGGAGCACUAUUUUUUUUUCUGUUGUUUAGCUGCUUUUUUGUUAUGAACUUCAGAUACCAAACAGCUGUUCUUGCUGUGUCUCAUUUGUUGUGCUGAAGCCCUCAUGGUGCACUCAAGAGUCAUUAAAUCUUUGAUGUGGUACGUUCAGGUGCAGACCUGGGCUCAGUCUCUGGUUUACACUCUGGAGGAACUUGAGUGUAAAAUCUGCUACAACCGCUACGACACUCGCAGCAGGAAACCCAAAUUGCUGGGCUGUCUGCACCGAGUCUGUGCCAAGUGUCUGAAGAAGAUGGUUGAUAUGGGUGAGGAGGUCAAAGGUUAAAAACUCAAGAUGGAAUCGACUGUUUAGAGAAUCAAAGUUAAAAUGCAUCAUCAUGUGUCACAUGAUUCUGGUGAUUGUUUUCCAGGAGAGUCCUCACCCGUCAUCAGCUGUCCAUUUUGUCGCUACAAGACACAUGUCCCAGACGAAGAGGUGAGACUUUUGUCAACAAGAUGAGACUGUUUUAUUUACAAGACUGGAGAUACUAUCACACAUUUCCUAUUGAGACUGGAACCUUUUUUCCUGCUGCACUCUGGUCCAUAAAUAUAAUCCCUCAACAGACUGACAUAAUAAUUUACAGUAUAAUCUGUCUAUAUAUCUGACAGCACAUCAGAGCUUGGUUGCUCUUGAAGUUUAAUCUGGAUAAAAACAAUCUGGAUUUCUCUUCCCUUUAUUUAGGAUCAUCCAGAUCAUUAAUUAUCUUUUUUCUCUCUAAAAAAACAAAGUGGAGCAGCUGUAAACAGAUUGAAGAUUACCCAUCCAGAUUACAAGGACCCUUUGAAGAUCUGGGCUUUGCUGAUAAGAUUGAGAAUUGAGAAAUAAGAGAUGAAUUGAGAAGAUACAGUUGAAUAACUGUAAUUUAGCCCAUGGUGAAGAAUUACAAUGGAGAAGUGGGCCACAUUAAAGAAAAAAUAUAUUCAAAGAUUUUGUAAAUAAAAAACAUUAUGUCAAGAAAAUAAAGUUGUAAUGUUACAAGAAAUGAGAAAAAAAAUGUAAAGUCAUCAUGUUCUGUGGUCAGUGGUAGAUUUGGUUCACAGUGAGCAGCCAGGUGUCUGAUCCAAAAUAAGGAAUGUGUAGCAUCUAGUUAAAUUGUCUAUAAUGUUUUGUAUCAGGACUCUGAAAAAGGUGAGGUGUGUGGUAACUCCCUCUCAACAGCAUGAUGUGCACAAAAGCAUAACUACUCACCAACUAAAUUCACAACUUUAUUCCCCCAACAAGAUUUAAAUCUCAUAAUUUCACAUAACCACUUUAUUCUCUUGAUAUAAUGACUUUAAUCCCACACAGACUUAUUCUCAUAGUUUUAAUAUUAAUACAUGUAAAUAAUAUAUUAUUUUUAAUGUUGUAAAGAACAGCUUCAGCUAAAAAGAUGUACGAAGGGAUCCACAAUAUUAGAUUUUUGGCAUUAUAUGAUCUGCCGAUGUUUUAAAACUUAUUUUCAUUGUAAAGAGCACAAAAUUUCUCCUGUAGAAGAAUUUACCUGUUACUCUUAUUGUGGUAGUGUGUUUGUUUGAGAACCAGUCAAACAAGACAAACAGCGUUCAUUUUGCCAUAGAUGUAAAAUGUAUAUAUUUUUGUAAAAUUCAAUGAUGUUUCUGCUGUUUGUUUCUGACACUUCUUAACACUUCUUUACUGCCAACAUGUGCAAACUCUCAUCACAUGCUCAUUUAAUGCAUCACCUUUUUGGCUGAUAAUAGUAUCUGCAGAAAUAACCACUUGUUCCUAUAAAUAAACUUUUAAAGCUAUCAUCUGCUACUGCUGGUAUCAUGUUGAUAAUAUUGUAACUUUGCAGGUGUGGCUGAUGGAGGAUGACCGGCAUAUCCUGGCUGUUCUGUCAUGUCAGGAUCGAGCUCGCCGAGGUGAAGGAGGGGGAGAUGGUGGGGGAGAAGUGGUGCUGAGUCCAAACAGUCUCACUGGGAAAAUAAUACAAGGUCAUUAUCUUAAUGGUUAUGUUUUAAUUUCUUUGUUCCAGACUGAGAAAAACAAACUCAGCAGAUUGAAUCCCCUCGCUGAUCUCUCUCUCUGUCUCCCUCUCUGUCUGUGCGUCAGGAGGAGGCGUGGACCCGGCUCACCGCUCCUCAGACUGCCUGGUCAUCACCAUCAUGGAGCUCCCUGAGGAGUCUCCAUCCUCUGACUCACUGAGCACACUCAAUGUGGUCGGCCUGUACCGCCCCCCCAGCCUUGACUCUCUGCCCUGUAACCUCCCAUCUCAGAAGUGUCGCGCCUGGACGUCCCGCAGCUUCCCCCGCUGUCUGCUGGGGGCGCUCUGCCUGGUAAGUGCUGUUUUUCAAUCUCACAGAGACGCCAGAGCAGACAGGUGUGUGCUGACAGGUGUUUUCUGUGUUUGAAAAGGUGUACUUCAGCUCUCUUCCUCUGGGGAUUUACCUACUGAUGAUUGGUCAGCUGUGGUUGGGGGUGGUUCUGGUCAGCCUCGUCCCCUCCACGCUGCUGCUGCUUGUCCUCUACGGCUUCUGUCAGUGUCUGUGCCAUGAGCUGAUGGAGGUGCUCGCUGCACGCUCACACCCGCUGCCAUGA